CAUUUCUUGGUGCCGCCUUUGCUGACAGUCACAAAUUCUAUAUGAAAUCUACAUAAAUUUAAAAUACAUAUAUGAUCAUAGGUCUUGUGUGAAUCUUUAAGAGGACUAUCAGUGAGUGAUAAUGGCUGAUGAGGUGAUUCUGUUGGAUUUCUGGCCUAGUGUGUUUGGGAUGAGGGUGAGAAUAGCACUGGCUGAGAAGGGCAUUGAAUAUGAAUACAGGGGAGAGGACUUGUGGAACAAGAAGAGCUCACUGCUUCUGGAGAUGAACCCGGUUCAUAAGAAAAUCCCGGUUUUGAUUCACAAUGGAAAACCAGUUUGCGAAUCCCUUGUUAUUGUCGAGUACAUCGAUGAGGUCUGGAAUGACAGAGCUCCAUUGUUGCCCUCUAUUCCUUACCAUAAAGCUCAAGCUAGGUUCUGGGCUGACUAUGUUCACAAGAUGGUGAAUGAUCUUGGGAGGAAAAUACAAUGGUCUAGAGGAGAAAAGCAAGAGGCAGCCAAGAAGGAAUUCAUAGAAUGUCUCAAGGUGUUAGAGGGAGAGCUUGGUGAGAAGCCAUACUUUGGAGGUGAAACUUUUGGUUUUGUAGACAUUGCUCUUGUCCCCUCUCACAGCUGGUUUUACACCUAUGAGACCGUUGGCAACUUCAGUGUAGAGGCAGAGUGCCCUAAGCUGAUUGCAUGGGCCAAGAGGUGCUUUGAGAGGGAGAGUGUUUCCAAGUCUCUUCCUGACCAGCACAAGGUCUAUAACUUUGCUAUGGGUUUGAGCUAGAAGCAUGAAGCAUGAGCAUACUAAUACCAUCAUACCGGCUGAAUAAAAGAAGUUAGAUAUCGCUAUUUUGGGGAGGACCAAUUACUUGUCUGGGAUACUGUCUGUCUCAUAGCACCUCUUUACAGCACCAUGGAUCUCUCUAACCUGAUCUCGUACGCUAAAGAGGGCCCUUGAAAUGAGGGUACAAGGAGAUCCGGACAGAUAAUCCCUUAUUUACUUAUGGUUAGGCUCUCUAUG